AUGUUUGAUAUUAAGUUGAAUGAGCAAUUGAUUGCAUUUCUAAAGCCUCUAGCCAGCCAAGAUCAUGAAAUCGAAACGUUUUUGAGGAAGGGCAGUAUACCCAUACGAAACCUGUUAGAGAUUCGCCGGCAAAAACCUGAAAGCACAAAGUUAGCCGGCCUUCUAAGAAACUUAGACUUUUCAUUUAAGGUCAAGCCCUCAAAGGGAUCUAGUUACACUCCUGAGUUUAAAAAACAGCUCGAGCGUCUGCGAUUGGAACAGGACGAAAAAGAUUAUCAGGAAAUGGUGAGGAGGGAUGCUAUUGGCGUGUUACAUGACGAAGAGAACCUGACGCCGGCCCAAAUGAGUAAACAAGUAAAGGAGCAGAUCACGACCGUGUUCAAUAUACUCGUGUCCGUGGUGUCGGUUGUUUUUGCCGCCUGGUAUUGGUCGGGUUCUUCAGCGGGAAUGAAGCCACACAAUAGAAUAUUUUUAUGUUUGUUCAGUGGAAUUCUCGUCCUGGUUGCGGAAGUUGUGGUGUAUAAUAGCUAUCUGCAAAAAAUCGAGGAAGCACGGCGCCGAGAAAGAAGCAAGGUCGAGAAAAAGACAGUUGUUAAAAACUUGUAA